CUUGUUGGUGGGAGCUCUUGUCAUGGUCCUUUGUAAAUAUUGCAUACACCACAAAACCAUUCACCUCAAAGUAGAUGUGAGAAAGGAUGAAACAAAGUUACCCAGUAAAAAUACCUUCUAUGUAUACCCAUGGCCAAGAUGUACAUAAAAAGGUGUCUGCUGCCAGCAUCACAAACUUCAGAUCCCUUCCUGAUGCCAUACAAGACUUUCUCUACUAUCGACACUGUCGACAUUUUCCCAUGCUACUAGACAUUCCUGACAAAUGUGGGGGAGCCGAUGCAUCCCGCAAAGUCUUCCUUCUACUGGUCAUUAAAAGCGCCCCUGUAAACUACAACCGCCAAGAGGUGCUGCGCAAAACCUGGGCUAAAGAGAGGUUACACAGUGGUGUGUGGAUCAGGAGGAUCUUCCUGUUAGGAACAAUGGAUGCUGGUUUUGAGAAAGAGCGACUGAACAAACUCCUAGAGCAGGAGCAACGCGAGUACAAAGACAUUCUCGAGUACAAAGACAUUCUCCAAUGGGACUUCUGUGACACAUUCUACAACCUCACCUUGAAGCAGAUACUCUUCUUAGAAUGGAUGGAAAGAAACGCUUCCUGCUAAAUGGUGAUGAUGAUGUGUUUGCCAACACAGACAACAUGGUUGAGUAUCUCCAAAGCCUCAAGGACAAUGAUGGCAAGAGGCACCUCUUUACUGGCCAUCUGAUCCAGAAUGUGGGGCCUAUUAGAUUACCAUCAAGCAAGUAUUUUAUUCC